AUGACACAACAAAGUUUUAAUUUUACUAUUAGAUCUGGUGGGCAGACUGGUGUAGAUAGAGCUACAUUAGAUGCUGCCAGAGAUUUCAAUAAAACAAAUACACAUAAAAAAAUUAUUAACAUUACUGGAUGGUGUCCAAAAGGCAGAAGAGCAGAAGAUGGACAAAUUCCAUUAGAACAUCCUCUUAAAGAAACUGAAACAGUAGAAUAUUCUGAAAGAACUGAAUUAAAUAUUAGAGAUUCAGAUGCCACAUUAAUCUUACUUUUAACAAAAGAUGAAAUUGAUAAAGGAACAAAAUACACAAUAGAAAAAGCUAAAGAAUUUGAAAAACCUUAUAAAAUAAUCUACUUUAAUGAAAAUCAUCAAGAAAACAUCAAUCAAGUCCUUAAUUGGUUAAAUGAACCACGUCAAAUCAAUCAUGAAUUUCGUAAAAUAAAUCAUUUAAAUGUGGGUGGUCCGCGAGAAAGCAAUGCUAAAGGAAUUUACGAUAAAGCAGCAUGCAAAUUCCAGAUGAGAGAAAAAAUUUUAAAAAUGUACGGAAAGUGCGCGAAAUGCGAAAAUUAUAACACUCAUGUUGGAUGGUGUCGACCAUGCGAUCCCCAAAGUUCGGUUUGUACAGGGAAUCAAGCAAUUGACGACUUCUUUAAAACAAAUGAACGUAGUCCACCAUUAAAAGUUGCCCUUAAAAAUCUGUCAAACUCACAGGAUAUAUCGAACGAUUUUUUACAAGAGUUAAAUAAAUGGUGUGAUUCAUUUCAUUUCGAUUAUGAUGAUGCAGAAAAUAAAACAGCUCUUGAAAUCAGAAAAAAAUUUGAAGCUGCUGAUGAAAUAAUUCCAGCUUUACCAGAAAUUUCACAGGCUCAUUCUGGAGCUAUAUACACCAGUAGACUUCUCAGUUUUAGAAAUCUUUCGAAACCGUUAAAUUCGAUAAUAAAUCAAUCAACGUCUGAUUCGAAACAAAUAAAUCUUUUUAUUCCUGAAGAUAAAUCCUUUGGGGUUGCAGUUCUUUGGAUUGACAAUGGACCAGUAACAAUGUUAAGUACAGUUUAUAAUAUUACUAGAAGUGAAUCUCGAGUUAAUUGCUGGCGUCAAC